GUCUCAGUACACACCUCAAGAGGGGCCAUGCGGGUGACACAUGUGCUCAGACAUCAUAUGUGUUUGGCCAUGUGGGCGCAAGCAGCACAUGGGUUCAGGCAGCAUAUGUGCGCCCUUUCUUUGUUCAAGGUGGCUUUUAUAGGGUUUCUCCCACCUGCCCCCACCUGGGAUGUCUAGAUAGGUAAGAGUUCGUUGCUAGGGCGGUUGCCAAGGGGGGCUACCUUGGUCUGGAAUUUCUCUGGCAGAGAUGGGGGUCAUUCAGGUGUCAUAAAUCUCCUUCAGAUCCUUAAUUGCAGUCUCUGUCUCUUGCUGAAGUUUGUGUCUCUGUGGGGCCCAGCCUCCACAAGGCCUGUCACUGGCGCCAGGAAGAUGUUAUCAGGCCUAGGCCUUAAUUCUUGCAGCUUCGGUGUUACUGGAUUUAUUACUUCUCAGGAACUCCAUCGCCAUAGGCCCUCUUCUAUCUAUCUGCCUGCCUCAGUUGCAUUCUGCAUGAGUGACCCGACAGCUCUCAGAUACUAAAAUCUUCAGAGACUGAUCCCGCUGGUAGCCUCACACCCUACCAUCUUGUUAAUAGGUCAGGGUAGAAUCUGUACCUCACUGGUCUGAUUCUACUGAGCCCAGAGCUCCCUGAUCAGCUUCUCAGCCUCUUCCAGGCCUGGACUGGCUGGUGACGCCUCAGUGCUUAUUGAUUUGUGAUCCCCGUUUUGUCGUGUCAUCAUGCCAAGCACCCAGGAGCAUCCCCACAGCUUAGAAUACUUCUCCGCUCUCCCACAAAGCCCUGUAAUCUCCAGGGUAGUCUUCCACAGGUUUCAACUCUAUUCCAAACUCCUGGCUUUGCUCUUCAGCGCUAAGAAAUGUGAGAGAAUCUCCCUCCAUCAGCAGAUUGGCUGCUGCCAUUUGCAGGCUUGCCUGGAGCGCUGGCUCUGCAUCUACUGCAGCCCGCGAGGGGCCCCGCCAAACUGAGCUUAAUCCUGCAGCCGUUCCCCGCCUUCGGAGGGCUCUGGGCCUGUCCCUCCUCUCCCAUGGCCUCAUUCUUUGUGUCUGCCUGUUCCAUUGUCUUUUGUUUCUCUGCCUCGGGACCUGUUUCUCGCCAAUCUCCCUGCCUUUUCUUAGAGCUCAUGUGAUUUGCCGCCAAUGAUUUUUUUCCUCUUAUCUGUUCCUACAUCUCUUUGUCUCCAGCGGCCAGUCUCUGGCUCCCGUAGUUCUGGCCUGCCGCUGUCUCUGGGUCCUGGGUGAGGAUUGUGAGUCCCCAAGCCGGGGCCCGGGUCUGAUCCCCUGUGCCCAGUCUGCACUCGGCACCCACGGGGCGUCGGCCACCGCCGCCACCGGCGUCUCGCGCUCGCCAGGCGCCCGCACCCACCCGGGCCCCGGGCCUCGGACCUGCCCCGCUUUGUUUCCUGCGUCUGGGCGCCCCGCCCCGCCCCGUCUGGGGUCUCCGCCGCCCUUUGUCUGCUUCGGUCUCCCCCCGCCCCCACCCCUUCCCGGGGCCCGUCCGCGACUCUCUCUUUGUCUCCCGGGGCCGGGGUGGCGGCCCGGCGGCCCGGCCGGGCGGCGAGGACGCUGCCUCGCGGCGGAGACCGGCGCGUUCGGACACCGGCCCGGGCGCCGAGCGGCCCUGGCCCCGCGCGCCGGCCCCCCGCUCCGGCCGACCGGCGGCCCCCGCGGGCGCGCGGCUCCUCCGCGGUCCUAGAGCGACUCGGGGCGGCCGCGCUUCCGCUUCCCGUCCCGCCCCCGGCGGCCCCGACCCCCUCCCUGCUUGGCGCCGAGCCCGCAGCCCCCGGCAGCCCGCGACUUCGGCACCUGAGCCCGGCUCGGAGCUCCGGGUGCGGCCGCGCGGGCCGAGGGGCCGGCAGGUGCAGGGCGGCGGGCGACGCGGCCGGGCUCCGCGGGCACCGCGGGCCACCUCGGACCCGCUCGCCGGCCGGCAGAGGGCAGCGGCCCCGGGCUGUGUGACCGUGGGCUGGUGUCUGUCCCCGCGCUCAGGGCGGCGAUGGAGCGCGCGGCGGAGCCUUGGGGCGCGGAGCUCCAACGUCCAGAACGGAGGGAGCAGCUGCGGGGCGCCCGCGCAGGUCUAGGGAUCGAGACUGUGGCGCUCUCCCAGCCUGAGGAGUUUGAACAAACCCCACAGGAGGAUGACUUGAGGUUCAAGGAGGAGGAAGAUCUGGCCCCCGGCCGCGAAGUAGGAAAUGCCUCUCUCAAACCCGACGGCUUCCAGACCUGGGAUGAUUUGUGGGUCCACAGAGAGGGACUAGGAAAGCCUCGGGAUCGAGGCCCCCGGCUCCUGGGGGAACCCCGCUGGGGCCAGGCUAGCGAUCGGGCUGCUGUGUGCGGUGAGUGCGGCAAGAGUUUUCGGCAGAUGUCCGAUCUGGUGAAACACCAGCGGACCCACACGGGGGAGAAGCCCUACAAGUGUGGCGUCUGUGGGAAGGGCUUUGGGGAUAGCUCUGCGCGUAUUAAACACCAGCGAACUCACAGCGGUGAGAAGCCCUACAGAGCCCGUCCAGCAGCCCAGGGCCCCCCCAAGAUUCCUCGGUCCAGGAUUCCUGCUGGUGAGCGCCCCACUAUCUGCGGUGAGUGUGGCAAGAGCUUCCGGCAGAGUUCCGACCUGGUGAAGCACCAGCGCACACACACAGGUGAGAAGCCCUAUAAGUGUGGCAUCUGUGGCAAGGGCUUCGGGGACAGCUCCGCCCGCAUAAAGCACCAGCGGACGCACCGGGGGGAGCAGGCCCCCCGGCCGGUGGUGCCCCGCCGGCAGCCUUCUCGAACAGCCGCAGUCGCCACUCAGGGACCCAAAGGCCAGGACAAGCCCUAUGUCUGCACUGACUGUGGCAAGAGGUUCGUCCUCAGCUGCAGCCUCCUGACCCACCAGCGCAGUCACCUGGGGCCCAAACCAUUUGGCUGCGACGUGUGCGGGAAAGAGUUUGCGCGGGGCUCGGAUCUGGUGAAGCACCUCCGGGUGCACACGGGGGAGAAGCCCUACCUCUGCCCUGAGUGUGGCAAGGGCUUUGCCGACAGCUCGGCCCGGGUCAAACACCUCCGCACCCACAGCGGGGAAAGGCCGCACGCCUGCCCCGAAUGUGACCGCACCUUCAGCCUCAGUUCCACCCUCCUGCGCCACCGCCUCACACACCUGGAGCCCCAGGACUUCAGCUUCCCGGGCUACCCUCUGGCCCCCCUCAUCCCGAGCCCGCCACCCAGUUCAAGUCCCCCCCCACCUCCUCUUGGCACCAGCCCCCCGCUGACCCCGAGGAGCCCUUCGCACUCAGGUGACGGGCCUUUCGGCCUGCCAGGCUUGGAGCCCGAGCCUGGGGGCCCGCAGGCUGGGGAGCCGCCUCCACCACUAGCCAUUGACAAGCCCCACAAGUGCCCCGACUGUGGCAAGGGCUUCCGCCGAAGCUCGGACCUGGUGAAGCACCAUCGUGUGCACACGGGGGAGAAGCCCUACCUCUGCCCUGUGUGUGGCAAAGGGUUUGCCGACAGCUCGGCCCGGGUCAAGCAUCUCCGCACCCACCGUGGUGAGCGGGCCCGGUCACCACCAGCAUCCACUCUCCUGAGGCCACAUAACCCCCCAGGCCCCGGCCCCGUGGCCCCUCCAGCCCGAGUCCAGGCCCAACCCUCUGCACCCAGCCAGCGGCAUGUGUGUGGCUUCUGUGGGAAGGAGUUCCCCCGGAGCUCUGAUUUAGUCAAACAUAGGCGCACGCACACCGGGGAGAAGCCCUACAAGUGUGCGGAGUGUGGCAAGGGUUUCGGGGACAGUUCGGCCCGAAUCAAGCACCAGCGUGGGCACCUGGUCUUGAGGCCCUUUGGGAUAGGAGAUGAUCAAGCAAGGUCCCUCAAAGAGGAGCCACCGACGGGACUGGAAUGAAGGGGGCCAGGGAGGGUGGAAGGCCAGGAGACCAAAGGGAGGGUAUCUGUUCCUUAAGCAGAGGAAAAAAGGGCCUGGGAGGUGGUUGGGGGGGGAAAGGGGGAGAACGGAGUGAAUAGGUAGAAAUAGAGAUUGGAGAUGACCUUGACGCUCACUCAGGAAAUGUCCUAGCUGGGCUCAGGACCUUAGGGCUCUUAAGGAAACCUAAAUUCUUGCUGCCUCCUAAACUGUUAAGGAGUGAACCCCGGGGCCGGAGCGAUAGUACAGUGGGCAGGCGGGCAUUUGCCUUGUACCGGGCCAACCCAGGUUUGAUCCCCAGCACCCCAUAUGGGUCCUCGAUCCCCGCUGGGAGCGGUUCCUGAGUGCAGAACUAGGACAACCCUGACUACAAUAGGGUGUGGCUCACAACCAAAAAGAAAUGAAGCUCUCCCAGCCUUGCCCCUGAACCAGACUUGACCUUGUGAGCUGCAACAAUGGGACUCCUGGAAUUUAAGGGGAAUAGUUAGGAUAACUUUUGGGUCACUUCCGGUGGUGCUCAGGGCCUGGAACCUAGGUUGCAAGCAUGCAUUCAGUCAGAGCUCACUCCUGGACAGCACAAGGAACCUAGUCUCAGGACUAACUCACCCCCAAACUGCCCUGUCGACACCUGGACGCUGGCAAAAUAGAUCCGAUACAGCAGAAAACCUCAGUGGACAGCAGCAGAGAUGGGAGAAGGGCAGAGCAGAAGCCCCGGGGCCCAACAGCCACAACUGUGUCACCUCAAUAAACUGCUUCUUGUCUGAGG